AUGGAUUCAGAUUUCAUUGAGAGGCUACAAAAAAUACAACUCACGGAAGAAGAGGGUGAAGUAGUCAAGAUAAACUUAGCCCACAGAGAGAAGACUAUUGAAGAAUGUUCACUCACACUGUUAGGCAGAUUCCUAACUAACAGACCAUACAACCAAAGAGCAGCAAAAUCACUACUACGAUCUGUGUGGAAGCUUGGAAAUGACUUGAGGAUCGUGGAUGUGGGGGAAGGGCUAUUUCAAUUUCGAUUUAAGCUGGAGAGCCAAUUAACUUGGGUAUUAGAAAAUGGCCCUUGGAGUUUUGACAACAAUCUUUUGGUUCUUCGACGAUGGGAGAGGGGUAUGACAGCAAACUCUGUCACUUUUCCAACCCUUCCUAUAUGGGUUCAAGUAUGGGGUUUACCUUUUGACUUGAUAAAUGAAGAAGCGGGGUGGGAAAUUGGCAAAGGGCUAGGUCAAGUGUAUGAGGUAGACAACAAAACUUUCCUAUCGGAUCAAGCUCGUUUCAUCAGAAUUCGAGUUGGGAUCCCUUUGGAAAAGCCGAUUCGUCGAGGUGGAUGGGUUGCAAAUCCUGAGGGAGACCAGGUGCAAGUUGGUUUCAAGUACGAACGGCUGGUGGGAUUAUGCUACCAAUGUGGUAAGCUCGGCCAUGAGAUGAAGGAUUGCUCAGUUCAGGGGUCCUCACAGCAAGCGGAAAAGCCAUAUGGAGAUUGGCUAAAGGCGGGCUUUCGCCGGAAGGACAUGGGAGCAGACCGGGCAAAAACCAAUGCGCCACCACCUGCACCGGCGCUAGAACCAUCACAGAGCCAUACGGUUGCAAUUAAUUCCCAUGAUGAGGUGGCGGGAAGUAUGGGAAUUAAUGACAAUCAUGAACGGACAGACAACGGCUCAGAAAUAAAUUGCCCGAAAUCUCAUGUAACGGUUUCUCAGAAAAUCCAGGUCAGUGAGGAAGUAAAUACAGAGCACUUAUGGGGAGCGAAAUUUUCGGAACCGGACAGCAUUAAUGGGGUGAGUAAUACGCAGAUGGGAAUAAGGGGAAUGGAGAUUACCGGUUUAGAGACAGCUGCCUUACAUGCGUUGAAUUCAACGCUCAUCAACGUGCCUAUCAAUUAUGAGAAACGGCAAACACAUGCUGACCAAUCAAUAUGCAUACAGCAGCCACGUGAGAAGUCAUCUGUUUUGGAAACGCAUGCAAACCAUUGGCGAUUGACAGGAUUCUAUGGUUGGCCAGAGGAACAAAGGAAGCAAGAAUCAUGGCAACUCCUAAAACACCUCCACUCUAGACACUCCGUCCCAUGGCUUUGCUUUGGGGAUUUCAAUGAAAUCCUUCAAUCAGAAGAGAAACAAGGCGGAUUGCCUAAACCAUUGGCCCCCAUGCUGAAUUUUCGGGAAGCUCUUUGUAUUGUGGGUUGGUGGAUUUGGGUUACCAGGGAACGAUUGGAUAGGGCAUGCGCCACGAUUGAAUGGAGGGAUAAAUUUGCUCAAGUGCAAGUCACUCACCUUGAGGCAUCUUAUUCGGACCACAACCCAAUUCUUGUCACUACUCACAUUCGGCCUCACCCCACCUUGAAGAAGAAGAUACCACACAGAUUUGAGGAGAGAUGGGCCACUCACCCUGACUGUGAAAAUAUCAUACAGAUGGCAUGGGACUCAAUUGUACCGAAUGGAAGCCCAAUGGCGAAGCUGUUUGAAAAAAUAAAAAGAUGUCGUUUUGCCCUUGUUGAUUGGAGUCGAAUUACCUUUGGACUCUCAAAACCACAAUUGCAGGAAAAACAAAAAAUCUUGGAAGAGUUGUGCAUACAGAACAGAGCCGAGAAUGUAAGAACCAUCAAAAGCCUUAAGGCCGAAAUUACAAACAUUAUCCACCAAGAUGAGCUUUUUUGGCGACAAAGAUCCCGAUCAAUUUGGCUACCUGCUGGAGACAAGAACACAAAAUAUUUUCACAACCGUGCUAGCCAACGCCGAAGAAAGAACCAUAUCUCUGGAGUGUUUGAUUCUGAUGAGAGAUGGUGCACUUCUGAUGAGCAAAUUGCCAAAGUAGCCGAAUCUUACUUCCAAGAAUUGUUCUCCACGGCCCACCCACAAAACAUGGAGAGUGUCUUACAAUCAGUUCAACGAAAAGUCACCCCACACAUGAAUGAGAGCCUAACCCGUCCAUACACUGCUGAUGAAGUCAGAUUGGCCCUUUUUCAGAUGCACCCAUCAAAAUCACCCGGACCGGAUGGUAUGUCCCCUUUUUUCUUUCAGAAAUAUUGGCAUAUUAUAGGCAAUGAUGUUACUGAAGCUAUUUUAUCUUUUUUACGAUCUGCCCAUAUGUUGAAAAAAAUGAACCACACACAUAUUGUCUUGAUCCCAAAAAAGAAAGACCCAAAAUACCUGGUAGACUAUAGACCCAUUAGCUUGAGCAAUGUUGUGUCUCGGAUAAUUUCAAAAGUUAUUGCUAAUCGAUUGAAGCUUAUCUUGCCUAAUGUGAUUUCUGACUCUCAGAGUGCCUUUGUGCCAAACCGUCUUAUUACUGAUAAUACAACAGUUGCCUAUGAGAUUCUACACAGAAUGAGAAACAGAAGAAGAGGGAAAGUGGGCCAAAUGGCGGUUAAGCUGGACAUUAGUAAAGCCUAUGAUCGGGUAGAGUGGUCUUUUUUGCAGGGUAUUAUGCAGAAAUUGGGAUUUGAUCCAAGAUGGGUGAACUUGGCCAUGGAGACAGUCACUACAGCUUCUUAUUCAGUCUUCAUCAAUGGGGAGCCCAAGGGGUGGAUCACUCAAUCUAGGGGUAUUAGGCAAGGAGACCCACUAUCUCCUUACCUUUUCCUCUUGUGUGCAGAAGGCCUCACAGCACUAUUGAAUAAGGCAGUUGAGAAUCGGGUGGUAAAUGGAAUUAUGUCUAGCCAAAAUGGGGUGUGUAUCUCCCACCUCCUUUUUGCAGACGAUAGUUUACUAUUUUGUAAAGCCACGGUUGGAGAGUGUCAACAACUUUUGAGUAUUCUUGGCCAAUAUGAGGCUGCAUCGGGACAAGCAAUCAAUCGCCAAAAAACCUCCCUAUUUUUUAGCAAGAACACAAAUCCGGAAAUACGGAGAUUGAUCCAACAACAAAUGGGGGCUAGAGUAAUGACCAAUACUGACAAAUACCUUGGUCUACCAAUGACUUGUGGUAAAUCAAAGGUAAACACCUUCAAAGAACUAGAAGAAAAAAUUUCCAAGCGUGUGUUGGGGUGGAAGGAGAAGUUUAUAUCAAAGGCAGGCCGGGAGGUCCUUAUAAAAACAGUGGCACAAGCAAUCCCCACAUACGCCAUGAGCCUUUUUAAGCUUCCCAAAACCAUGUGUGACUCCAUCAAUUCCUUGCUAGCAAAAUAUUGGUGGGGACAAAACAAGGAAGAGAGAAAGAUCCAUUGGGUUAAUUGGAAAAAACUAUGCACAAGCAAGCAGGAAGGGGGGAUGGGUUUUAGAGAUUUGCACUCUUUCAACUUGGCUAUGCUCUCAAAGCAAGCAUGGAGACUAACCCAAGACACAAAUUCCCUGUUUUACAAGGUGUAUAAGGCGCGGUACUUCCCUAAUUGUUCAUUCAUGACAGCUCAAUUGGGGAGCAACCCGUCCUUUGUUUGGAGAAGCCUACUAGCAGCAAGAGACAUCAUCUUCAAUGGAUCAAAGUGGCGGGUGGGAGACGGCAAAACAGUGGGGGUCUACUCUCAUAAAUGGCUGUCUCACCCUCCAAUUCCUCUGAAUGAACAAGCCCAAGACAUGAAGGUCUGUGAGCUCUUGGAUGUUCAGUCUCGGCAAUGGGACAGGGGAAAAAUAGAGACUUUGUUUGCACCAAGGACAAGGCAGGAAAUUCUGGCAAUACCGUUGGACCACCUCAACUCUCCGGACUUGCUGGUUUGGACAGAAAAUGCAGCUGCAAAGUUCACUGUUAAAACUGCUUACCAACUUGCACUCCGCUUGACUAAGCAACCAUGGGCAGAACACUCUCUCAGCCGUGCCUAUAAGCCUAUUUGGAGCGGAAUCUGGGCACUCAACGUACCACCCAAAGUCCGAACGUUUUUAUGGAGAGCUUGCUCCAAUUGUCUUCCAACCAGGGAAAAUCUCCAUAGACGCCGAGUUCGAGUGGAUACCAGAUGUGAUCUCUGUCAUUACCGGUCCGAGAACACAAGCCACAUCUUAUGGGAAUGCCCAUUUGCACAAAAUGUGUGGGCAUUGAUGAGUAGCCGAAUCCAAAAAUGCAGAAACAUGGCUGACGACUUCUUCCAAUUAUUCAGAAUGGUGCGCGACAGACUCACCCAACGAGACCUUGAGCAAUGGGCAACUACGGUGUGGUCAAUUUGGAAUGCAAGAAACAGGUUCUACUUUGAGCAUGUCCAACUCCAACCAAAAGCAAUUGUUGAUGUCGCUUGCGGACUACUAGAGGAGUACCAACGGCUCAUGAAUAUACAGUAA